AUGAGCUCGUCCAUGUCCCAGACGGAGACAUCCAGAGCACCGGCCGUUGAUGGAAAAGCCUUCCCCCAUAUCCAGUACACCACCACCACCACCUCUACCUCUCAGAUGGCCACUACCACCGCUGAGCGGGGUGCUAUUUCGCCAAAAAGUGGCGCUCUCCUUCCGUUUCGGCGCAACACACAGCCUGAGUCGGCCCUCCGUGCGACGCUACUCAAUCCGAAGCCUCUGGUGGCAAAUUCCAAGUCACCAAAGGAGACCGGUCAUACCAUACUGAACCGUACCCGAAGAGCAUCUACGUCGCUUGGCCACCCUCCAGAGUCCAAGGGGAAGGAAAGGGACUUCUUCAAUGGCAAAACAUCCAAUGGGAGUAGCAGUAAUAGCCCGGAAACAGACGCAGACUUCAAUGCUUCUACUUCGUUCACCUCCUACGAGUCAAACGUCCUCCAUAUACCUACGCAUUCAACCGCAUACAGUCAAUCGCGUCCAUCAACAGCGGGGACGAGCGGUGCUCCUUCGUCGUAUUCGCCGCCCAGCUUACUGCAGCGCACAAGGGGAACCAUCUUUGGCGCUGCCUCCGAUGCCCUCGGUAGUUUCAAGCUCGGCCGGCGGCGUACGAAGACUUCGCAAGGACCCACAAUAUUGCCACAACCCUACGUCCCCUCCGUUAUACUUCCUGAGGUCAUAGAGAUCAGCGCACCGCGUCGGGAUGAGGAAGUCGAGGAACGAGAGAAGCUCAAGGAAGAUGCUGCUAGGGCUAUCUUGGGCCCUGCAUUUCUGGACAACAGCAACGCCAUGCGUGAGAGCAGCGAUGCGUUAGAUGAGGAUGAAGGUGACAACGAGAAGGGUCAUAGCCAUGACGAUGCGUCCGCCGCAGAGGAAGACGUACAAUCAAUUACGCAGGCCAGUAUCAGCAAUAUCCUCAACGGUAGUUCAAUUAGCGUUACCAAAGCACGGUAUCGUUCAGGCUCUAUGAUGUCUCAUUCGCGCAACAACUCGACGACGCCCGCCUCGUUCCCUUCCUUCCCAUCGACUCCUUCCGCGUUAUCGCAAUUUUCGCAAGAUUCGUCCAUACUCCCGAAGUAUUACCCGUCAACUUCAUUACGGAUAUUCGCGUUAUCCAAAAGUUGGAAAUCCCGCUAUAUGAUUCUGUCCUCCCCAACAACCUUCACUUCAUCAUCAAGACCUUCGCCUUGUCCAUCGUACCUUCAUCUGUUCAAGUCAUCCGGGUUGGAGGAGAAAGAGCUCGAACGGCUAGAAAUCAAUGAGGAGAGUGUUGUCUUCGUUGCAGAAGAAGAAGUAGCUGGUAGAAGGCAGGUAGUCAAGGUCGGCGGCAUCGAUGUGGGGGCUUUGAAGAAGGAGCUGAAUUAUGAGGAAGGCGGGAAAACCAUGUGGUUCUUGCAAAUCACGGACCCAGCGGAGACACAGAAAUGGAUUAGUGGCAUCAAGAGUGCGAUCCUAGGACAAAGAACUGUACGCGCUGGAAUAUCCCCUAUGACUCCGUCGCUUAUAAGCCGCGAGCCACGAGGGGACAUGGAUGUUCAAUUGACGAUGCGCAGACAAGGCAUCAUUUCAUCACCCCCAGAUUCUUUCCGCCCCAUUCUACCCCCCCUCGACAAGGUCCAGCCACCUCUGCAUUCACCAUCCUUCGUCGCCUCCCCUCCAAUUUAUUCCUCUCCACUCCCUUCCACUCCAACUACCCCGCCAGCCACCGGCACAACCUUCGCAUCCACCGCCGAACAGGACUCACCUCGCAAGGGCUACUAUGACGAGUCUAGGAAGGGAACAUACAACUCCAAGAAUAGCGGCACUAAUGAUGUAGCGUCUGUUUCAUCACAGUCUAUACGAUCUCAGACCACGACGCCCGGUUCGGGACGUAUAUCGUUAGUUUCCGGGAACGCAGUAACCGCCCUCAAGGGUCUCUUCAACCGCCCUCGUUCGCCCUCUCGUGCCUCGCACGCUACUUCGUUCGACCUAGAGAGAGAGAGCUUGAAAGGUGACAAAAUUGUCAUAGGACCAAGUGUCGAGGAACGAGAAUCGGGCGACGGCUCCUUCGCUAGUAUGGGCAACAGUCUGAUGAACAUGCUCAAAUCUCCAGACGGACGCACCGUGCGAUUAGGGUCUUCGUCGGGUCAUGCUACGCCCCAAAGACAUCAUACAAUGUUGCCAUUCUCCGGGGGUCCUGUGUUUAAUGGUGCAUCACCUAUGAUAAGACCUUCUGCAGACCAGGAAUUAGAGCGCAAGAUCGUUCCACACGCAGAACGUCAAACCAUAGGGUGGCGUGCACAAGACAAUCCCUCUCGUGCUACUUCAAGUAAAGACAGAUCCACGAAGUCCUUGUCUGUCGGAUCCCCAUCGCUGAACCCUCCACCAAGGAAACGGUGGACUGCCGGCGCGAUGAACCCGCCAGAAACAAUAACAGACCACGCCCGACUGUAUCAUCAUGUGAACGGCAAUAGCUCUGUUGCAGGUAGUUUCGGUCUCGGGGGGUUUUCGACUCAGGAUCGAUCGGGUACUCAAGUCCUGCCUGAUUCUAGUCCUACUGUCAGUGGACACUCAUUGGGUACUCCCGAGCAGAGACAGCGGGCCCCAUCUCUCCAAUCCGUUUCAACCCUCGCCUCUACCGGUGAAACUGGCCUAAACGUAGAACGCUCAAGCACGAGUACGAAGCGGAGUUCAAGAUGGUCACGACAAGGUAGUUCGAUGCUGAAUGUACCCUCCCCGCCAUCAAUGCCGCACGCACCAUCCCAUGGUUCUGCUUCUUCCUCAUUCUCUACGAAUACUAGGGUGCAUCCGUAUGCAGCAGGUGGCACCGUCGAUCGACCACCAAGUCGGACCUCUAAUCACUCUGUAGCAAGCGAACGGAGCGUCGUUUCGGGGUUGCCCACGUUCUCAAACUCAAAACGAGCAUCGACUUCAUCCGCUACUAGCGUUAAUAUGUCGAGUAGCCCUUCCCAAGGGUACUCAUACCUUACGGGUGCGAUAUCGCGUGUGGCCAAUACACAUAGGGCAUCUAUGCCCCCUCCUCGGCCAGCGCCGACUUCCGCCCUACCUCCUGCCCCUGAUCAAGGUGUAUCUAAGCCGUCGACCCCACCUCCCACCAAGUCGUCAUUCAGAGAUGCUGUGGCUCAACGAGCUUUCAGGAUCUCACGAACAGCUCCAGCACCCCCGCCACCCACUGCUUUACCACCUCGUCCAGACGAAGUACGGACACCAUCUAGCCGAAGUCAUCGUCGCACGGCAUCGGUUGGGAGUGGGCGUGCUUCGUCCGAAUUGUACUCGAUACCUUCUUCUCCUCUUUCUAUUUCGGUCGCGCCCCCCUUCCCGCCACCUUUAGGGCCACUUCCUCCAACGCCCAUUGGUGGUUCGUCUUCACCGCCAGCACGCCACACGUCAAUCAAAGAGCGACUGCGUAUUCGUAGCACCCCAACACAGUCCCAAGCAGUUCUCAAUGGUAGUCCUCCAUCGAUAAUAACAUCGAUGACAGCUUCUGUCCCACCUCUCCAUAUAUCUAAUUCGCAACCGGCUACACCCAUAGCAGAGAAGAUCACGCUUUUACAAAACGAGUUUGACGAUCCACUAAUGUACACGCCCUUAACGCCAACUCUUCCUAAUACUGUCCCGCGUAACGUUGUCUCCUUACCUCCGGAUCAACUCCAAGAAGCAACACCAUUGUCCCCCCCACCUCGACGAAGUUCAAAACAGAUGUCCGUCUUUGAUAAGGAAAUAGACGGCGCGAUCGCGGCUCCUGAUACAGAACAAGGGCCUACGGUGGAUAUCGAACCCAAACCGCUCUCUCUAUCACGCCGCGGCUCGGUAAUAUCCCUUGGAAUUGUUAGUAUGUCGCUCUAG